AUGAAACAAGAAGCUCACGAACAGCGUGAGAAGGAGAAGAAUGAAGCUGAGAAACAGCGUAGGAAGGAGAAGGAAGAAGAUGAUGAACAGCGAAAAAAGGAGAAGGAAGAUGCUGAGAAACAAUGUAAGAAGGAGAAGGAAGGAGAUGAUGAACAGCGAAAGAAGGAGAAGGAAGACGCUGACGAACGGCGUAAGAAGGAGAAGGAAGAAGCUGACGAACAGCCGGACCGCAGGCUGGGCGAUGCGGCUUCAGUAUGCAGUCCGCGCAACAGUCGCCCCCGGCGGCCGGGGCUGUCUGGCCGCUACGUGCGGCGAGUGGGAGGCCGUGCGACAAAGCGGCCGUCUGCGCCGCAGCGCGCGCCACCCUGCCGCGAUCUGGAGCCGCCCCGCCGCAUACAGAGCGGCGACCGCCGCGUCGCCACCUUGCACCAGCACGUGGCUGGGGCACGGCAGGCAGCGCGAAAGCGGAGAAGGCGAGCGGCGGAUUUGGAGAGGGCGGUCAGUGAGCGUCCCGAGAUUACAAGCCACCACACCGCCACCGCCGCCGCCGCCGCCACCGCCCCACAGGCUCGCAAUUACAGGCGUACCGGGAGGCUCCUGGCUGCGGCUGCUGCUGUGGCUGUGGUGCUGCGCGGUGAGCGACGGCCUCUGGAGACCUGCCGGCUCGCCAUGUCGCGGCAGCCAUACUGCGCACUCUGCCGCCUUGUGUAG